GGGGCCCAGAGGCGGCGAGCGCGCAGCCGACACAGCCAGCCGGCCCGGGCCCCAGGAGUCCCUCGGGAACUACUGCGGCAGGCCCCCCGCGCCGCUCGGCCCUGCCGCCGGGCCCGCCCGCCGCUCCUCUCACAGGCCGCCGCCGCCGCAACCAUGGCGGAAGUUCAUAGACGUCAGCAUGCCCGGGUUAAAGGAGAAGCCCCUGCGAAAUCCUCCAUACACAGACAUGAGGAGGAGAUGGGGAUGGCGUCGGCCGAAACGCUGACGGUGUUCCUGAAGCUGCUGGCCGCCGGCUUUUACGGCGUGAGCUCCUUCCUGAUCGUAGUGGUCAACAAAAGCGUGCUCACCAAUUACAGAUUUCCCUCCUCACUAUGUGUUGGACUUGGCCAGAUGGUGGCCACAGUGGCAGUUCUCUGGGUGGGAAAGGCGCUCAGAGUAGUCAAAUUUCCUGACCUUGACAGAAAUGUACCUCGAAAGACGUUUCCACUACCUCUACUAUAUUUUGGGAACCAAAUCACGGGACUGUUCAGCACAAAGAAACUGAACUUGCCAAUGUUUACAGUUCUGAGAAGGUUCUCCAUCCUGUUUACAAUGUUUGCUGAAGGAGUUUUACUCAAGAAAACUUUUUCUUGGGGUAUUAAGAUGACUGUAUUUGCAAUGAUCAUUGGAGCCUUUGUAGCUGCCAGCUCUGACUUGGCAUUUGAUCUGGAGGGAUAUGUUUUCAUUCUGAUAAACGAUGUCCUGACAGCAGCAAAUGGCGCGUAUGUAAAGCAGAAAUUAGAUUCAAAAGAGCUGGGAAAAUAUGGUCUGCUCUAUUACAAUGCACUGUUCAUGAUUCUGCCCACCUUGGCCAUUGCGUAUUUUACAGGAGAUGCACAAAAGGCAAUGGAUUUUGAAGGCUGGGCCGACACCCUCUUUCUUCUGCAGUUCACUCUCUCUUGUGUGAUGGGGUUUAUCUUGAUGUAUGCCACAGUACUCUGCACACAGUAUAAUUCUGCUCUUACAACCACAAUAGUUGGCUGUAUUAAGAAUAUAUUAAUAACUUAUAUUGGAAUGGUCUUUGGUGGAGAUUAUAUUUUCACAUGGACGAACUUCAUUGGCUUAAAUAUCAGCAUUGCUGGGAGCCUGGUGUAUUCCUACAUCACUUUCUCUGAGGAGCAGCUGAGCAAACAGUCAGAGGCCAGUAACAAGCUGGACAUUAGGGGGAAAGGAGCAGUAUGACCCAGAGGAUCGCUUCCACUGCUGAGGCCCAAGCUUUUGGUCACCUGAGAACACUGGCAUUUCUUACACAGACACUCAGGUGUCUUGAUUAUGGAGAACGUACCAUUCCUUUGCACUUGUACAAUCUGAGGAUUGAUUGCUGCCUUUUAAAAUUUAUGAGAGAAACUUAUAAUUGACUCUAUUUUAAAUAUGCUGUUGGAAUUAAUUUAUAUCAAACUGGAAAAUGUACUGGGCUUUUUAAUUUAUUUCUUUUAUGCUGACAAUGAAAUGUCAGUGCUUUGAAAAUAUUUUAUUCCAUAGUUUGAUAUCCGGGUGUCCCUUAGAGCUGCAUGUAUAAAGUGCUCCAGCUGGAGCUUCUCACUGACAUCGUUGCCGCAUAUUGAGGCAGCUCAGCCUUCCUUCUGCCGGGAAUGCAGCCAAAUAUCUAAAAUUUCUUUUUGAAUUUUCUUAAUAAUUGCAUUUCCUUGAAAGGAUAUUGUCCCUGCAUUUGCUAAAGAUGACAACUUUGGCACUAAAAAAAUACGGAUGCCUUGAAGUUGUCUUGGUUUCCAUAUUGGCUUCCCUGGGAAGUCAUGGGGCGGGCAGAGCGCCUUCCUUGGCAGUACGCCCUUCCCUCUCCUGUAAGCCGGGGAUGAUGAAGGCGGCCGUCUAUAUGACUCAUUCAUGCAGCGAACAUGUACUGGGUACGUAAUAUGUGCCUGGUGUUAUGCUACGUGCUGGGGGUGCAGAGGUGUUUUUGGAGGUAGUUGAAUGAUCUCACUCUUGCUAUUGUGACUGAGGCUUAAGAGAGGAAACUUAACUUUAUGAUCCAUUCAGAAGAUGCUGUGACUCUGAACAAGUCACAGAAACUUUUUUCAGCUCUUAGAAACUGCGAAUCUGUCAGUGGGGUUAGAAGUACCUGCCCCUACCUAGCUCACAAUGGUGUGCAACCAUAUGCUACAGUAUAAGAUGACACUUAUGUGAAGAGUGGCAUUUUGUUUAUUUAUUCUUUAAAAAAAUUUAUUUUUUUUUUAAGUAAGCUCUACCCCUAACGUGGGGCUUGAACUCGUGACCCCAAGAUCUAGAUUAGGAGUCAUCUGAAGAGCUGUAUUUUGUUGUAAACCAUGCAGCUCAGCCUUUCUUCUCUGAGAGAGAGCGUCAGGCAGGCAAGGUGGCCACUGUCCCUUUCCUGUGCUUCCCUCCUCUGGGUUGGUUGCUACUCUUUUUACUCCUCUUUGAAUUAAUACAAGUAGGUCUUAUAUUUCUGAAUGUAUUGGUUCGAGGGGAAAGCCUUUAUAGAGGUUUCUGCAUUGUCAAGGCUUGGUCUUUGUUUGGCAUGUCGGUGUUACAGCCAUCACUAUUCUUUCUCAAGUGGCAUGAGCGUACCUGUGUCCUUUCAUACUGUCAUCAAUAUCCUGUGUCCUUUGGCUCACCUUAUGAGCACAUCACCUUCUCUCGAGACCUUUGCUGCAUCCUGGGAGAGCAGCUGGGAGUGGGCAUUGCCUGAAUUGCCUCUUCAGGCCGGGAGGGAUUCACUCACACAGCCCCGUGAUUUGGUGCAGACACAUCCACUGACUUUGAGUAUGAGUGUUUGCAUAGACCACUUGUGCAGUCACGGUGGAAGAGGCUGGGUACUUGUGCACUGGUGCACACUAACUUCUCUUUCAUUGGUUUGGGAUCCACAGGGCUCUACUGAUCUAAACAAUUAGUAUUUUGGUGGCUUAACAGGAAGCCUGGAAGGUUUUGAUUUCUCAUUUGUAAAAAAUUAUAUUGAGGUCAUUUUCAUAUUCAUGUGUUUCCUUUUUUGGGUUUGUCUUUACUAAAGCCCUGACCAGUGGUGUUGGGUCCCUAGAAUUAGCCUCAUGGCCAGCUUCCAGGUCAAAAGCUCCCAAGUCUCACUUUUUUUCCAGGAUCACCUGAUCUGAGAGAAUUGCAGUGGGAGCAUAGGAUAUUAUCUUGUGUAAAAUGAUUUUUAUUAUUUCUGUGUUACCAUUGAGAAAACAAGACUGAGAAAGUAGGUGACUUGCUAAUAAGUAAAAAUUCACAUUUCUUCCAUUGAGCCGUGCUGCCGUUUUCCUCUGAGGAAGUGAGGAAAUGGGGCUGGUUGGCUGAGUCAACUUGAGCUCUUUCAAGGAGGCAAAUGCUUGAUUGAAUUUGGCGUCAGAGAGGAAAAGGCUUUGCAAAUUAGGGACAGUGAUGUGUAACUCUACAUGCCAGAGCUUCUCUCUACCCUCCAGGCCGGCCUCAGUUGGUAGGUGUUGCCUGCUGCUUCCUGGCUUUGCCUGGGCACAGAGGAAAGGGCUUGUGAGAGCUAGUUUUAGUGGUUCUCUUCCUUCUAUCAAGCCACAUGGAAGGAACUUUGACAUUAGAAAUCAUUGUGUUGUAGAAUUUCUCAUCAUGAAAGGACUUUGUGUCUAGAGCUGUGGGGUCAGGUUCCUUGAAGAUCUGCCAUCACUCCAGGUUUGAGAAAAUGAUGUGUAAUUACAGCCUCACUAAGUGCACAUGACCUUAGGGCCCGCCGCCUGUGCUGAACCUUCUGACAGGCCAGAAGCAGUACAGCGGGCCGCAGCUUCUGCCCUGUCCGUGUUCUCAGCCCCUCUUUGACUACCACCAGCAUGUCUAGAUGAGAGAAAGCAACCUGGGGCAGCUGGAGACCGAAUAGACUGGCCAGCCAUUUUUGGAGUCUUUCAGUUAUGUGCAGGCUUGGAAUAGUGCACGAGAGAUUGACCUGGUACUCUGACAUCACCCAGAAUGUCUGGGUUUUACCCCAAGAUUGACAUCUUAGAAGGCAAAAAUUCUAUGACCUAUUAACUACCUCCUGGGAGAAUGAGAGGCAGCUUUAUAGUUAAAUCCUUAAAUUGUCCUUUGAGAUAGAUGACCUGUGAUGAGAGUCUUGAAAUCCAAUUCUAUGACUAGUGGCUCCUCUUCUUGAGCUAAGGACAGCAAGGUCCUUUUUGGCCUGUCUGCUUUUAGUCAGUGCCAGAUUGAUCCUGGUCUGGUUGACCUGACUACACAUUGCCAACGUAUCAGGUGACUUUUAAUUGCUUCAUCUGGCAAGUCAUUUGUAGAACCCAGCAUGAAAGUAGAUUUAAAACACCGUGCAUCUGCGGGUUUUCUGUAGUCCUGUUGUAUCAGGAAUCCAUGGAAAGCUCAGGUCAGUAAAGCAAAUACAGAUUCUUGACAGAAAAAAUAGUAGAGUUUCAUAUUUGACUGCUUUGGAAUAGUGCCUAGGAUUUCAGUCUGCUUUCGUUAUUAUGGUUUCAUCAGUGAGCAGAGAUUUUUUGAGCAUCGGUUUUAUGCCAGGGCAUUAUGCCAGGCUCUGGGGAAACCACCCUGAACAGGAGAUAGUUCUUGCUCUCAAGGAAUGUGUAAUUCUUUAGCCAGACCCAUAGUGAGAGAAGGGAGAUGAAAGAUGAAAGCAGUCAGUGGUUUGUAAGUUAAGAGCUGCCUGCAGUUAUCACAGAUGAGGGUGCCCCCACCUUCCCAUGAGCUGAAGCAGUUUUUUAAUCUAAGUGGACUUUACAACUCAAACUACUAGCUCAGAGACAAGGGCCAGGCCACUAGAAUUAGUGAAUAGUCUGGGUUCCUCCUACUUCGCAUAUUGUUUCUUCCCCGUAACUGUAAUAUAGAUGUUCGUGCCCCUUAUCCGCAGUUUCUUUCCUCAGUUUCAGUCAUCUGCAGUCAAGCGAGGUCUGGAGGCACAGGAUCCGCCUUCUGACACAUCGUCGGAAGGUCAAUAGUAGCCAAAUACUACGUCACAGUGCCGCGUCAGUCCCCUCCACAGGCUCGGCAGGCAGGCAUCGGGUCACCUCACACUGUCACGAGGGCGAGGACGGUACCAGAAGAUACUUUGAGAGAGGCCACCUCCACAUAACUUUGAUUACAGUAUAUUACUUGCAUUCUAUUGUUAAUCUCCUACUGUGCCUAAUCUAUAAAUUAAACUUUGUCAGAGGUAUUACGUGUACGAAAACACGUGUAGGGUUCGGUACUCUCUGUGGUUUCAGGCAUCCACUCGGGGUCCUGGAGCAUAUCCCCUGUGAAUAAGGGGGCGCCUCUGUAUUAGUUCCUCCUUAUGAACAAGGCUGUAGUUGAUUUUUCCCUCCUCGAGGGAAAAACAGUAAUACUCACAGUAAGUGAGACGGUGGAUGCGAAACUACUCAGCACAGUGCCCUAGUACAUGUGACGCACUCAGCAAGCGUUGUUACGGCCACUAUUUCACGGUGAAGCUAUAGGCAAACUAGAUUCUUAAUCUGUGCUCCUUAAAUGCUGGAGGCCCGGGCAAUGUGUGUAUUUCUUGAAAAACGUGACCCUUUAUUUUGCUGCCUCCCGAAUGCUUAAAUAACAGUCUUCUUUUCAAAUACCUGCUGGAUAUAAUUGUGGCCAUUAUGUGAUGCAGGUGAUUCCACCUGUUUUUAAAAAGGAAUGAAAAUACUUCUAUUUUGAUGGUGAACUUCAAAACAGAAGGAAUUAUUUUUAUCUUCACCUCAGCAUGGGCAUUCAGAAUGGUGAUUCAGUUAAAACUUUCCCAGUUGCUCCUCUGCAGGACAGACCUGCCUUCUUCCUUUUUCCACGCUGCUUGUGAGUCCUUGCUUAUUCUCUGUUGUUGGUGCUUACACACCUCUGGCCCCGCCCCCUGUCUUCUGGCUCUUACCUUAGGGUGCCACUUCCCGACAGGAUGAAAGAUAUUCAGUGGUGGGUUUUUUUUAAGCUUUCUUUUUUGAAUUACUUAAAAAAGAAAUCUACUGGUUAGAUUUAUUGUCUCACAAAAAUGUUUUUAGAGAUUAUUUUAUUCAUAAAUAUUUCUUUCUCAUGCUGAUGAUCAACUGAUUUUUGUCUACAAAUGUUGGCCUAUCAUAGUAUUUUUUCAAUACAGAUCCUGUUUACCAAAUGACCAUUUCAGUGGUUUUAAAAGGUACUAAGGAUUGAGAUGUGUAAAUCAGGUGACAUAAACAUGAAAAUUAUGUGCCUAAAUAUUUUUGUAAAGGUGUCAAAUAAAUACUUUUUCCUGAA